AUGGCGUCCGCGGUCGCAUCAGCCUUGCUACUCUGCCUCCCGAUCCUGCUCCUGGCGGAUGCGGAGCCGGAAGUCACGGAAUGCGAGCUGACGACGGGCCGGAUGCUGACCGUCAUCAAGUCGGCCGGGUUCCCGUCCCGGUACAGCCCGAACGUGGACUGCCGGUACACGGUCCGGCGCCGUUCCCGUUCCGUGUGCUCUGUCACGUUCCUCUUCAACGUGAUGGACUUGGAGCAGAGCCCCAACUGCACCAAGGACUACCUGAUGCUGCGAGGGGAGAAGAUGUGCGGAUCGAAGCCCAUCGGAUUUUCUCGUACAGUGUCUUUCUCAGAGGAUGACCAAGUGACCAUGUCUUUCCACUCGGACAAUGAGACCCGUGGCCUCGGCUACAUGGUGACCGUCGUUCAACAAGACUGUCCGCUGCCAGAUUGCGAUGGAACUUUCGAGACACCAGAUUUUGUGAUGUCCUCUCCCAAUUACCCCCUACCAUACGACAACGGACGGAUAUGCCGAUACGUCGUCCAGAAGACAGAUCCUUCGGUGUGUCGGCUGUUGAUGAAGAUACACGCUUUCGACGUGGAAGCUGACCCCCAUUGCCAGUCCGAUUUUCUUUUAGUCAACAAUGACAGACUCUGUGGAAUCAUGAGUGAGGGUCAAAUUAUUGAUGUGAGUUUCCCCAACUCUACGAUGACUAUCGAGUUCCACAGUGAUCACAUGACGACCAGAGAUGGUUUCAAAUUGGCCGUGCAUCAAGAGGUGUGUGAUUCCACGUCAGAGACUCCAGAAUUUACGUCGGAGAAUCUCAAGACUAGUACCGUUGAGACUCUAGUUGACGCAAACAUCAGUACCAGCACUAUAUUUUCAGACUGA